UGCAGCCCACCACCCUCUCUCCCGAGUGGCAGGUCUCCGCAGUUCCCGGAACCAAGACCCCAACGUCAGUCCCUGUCCCCUGACUGGCGGCAGCCCCGGCUCACUGAUUUGUCGCGAGGCUGUUGGCUUUUGAAAUCAGACAGGAAGGAAGGUGGAGGUGGCCCUGCACAGGAAGAGGUGCGCGCCAAGCUGCAGCGGCCACGGGUGGCCGUGGGGACGGGAGCCAGUGCUGCAUCACCCGUGGGCCCACAGGGUCAGCGUGGUGUUGCCGAUCCCCUGGACCAGGCUGCACGCCGGCACUGAACAGACCCAGGACGGGCCCGGCUGGCUUGCAGAGACCCAGGCGUCCCCACCACUGCCCACUAUCUCUCAAGGAGCGGGUCUGAGCCAAGAGCGCAGGAUGCAGCUCCACCCGGACCCCUGCCCUGGACAUCCCUAGAGCAGCCUCGAGGCCCGGGAGAACCGUGGGCGAGGGAUGGCCAGCCCCGCCGGAGGGGCAGCUCCCGUGACCAGACGUCCUGCCCGCUGCCCGCCAGAAAUCGGGGGGCUCUCCCCUCCCAGGAGACUCUAGGGCAACUGGACAAGGAAGUCACCGCACAGGCGCUUGGGAACCAGCUCCCCUGCCUCUGACUCCUCUACCAACCGCAUCGCCGUCUCCAGGCCACCGAUGAGGACGCCGCAGCGCAGAGAGCCUCAGCAGCCUGCCCGGUGUCACGCGGCCGGUGAGUGGCCGAGCCCCGGCCGGUUCGCAGCCACGUGGCUCCGGCGCCUCGGUGCCCCUGGGAUGCGGCUGUGCUCACCACCCAGGAAGGAAGGGCCCUUGCCAGCAGGGUGAGGGUAUUUCUUGGAGGCCAGACCAGGGGGCGGCCUCAAGCUGGGACGGAGUAAGGUGGGCUCCCUAGCGCACCCCUAGAGGCCCUGGACGGGGGCAGGGCAGGCGGCAGGGCCGGGUCCUCUGUCCACAGCUCCUGGCGGAGGCCCCGGACUACAUGCGGAAGCAGGAGGUGCGGGUGGGCGGGGAGGCCGGCCCGGGACACGGUGGCAGCUCCCCGGCCGAGCAGGUGAAAGCCUUCAUGGACCUGCUGGCGGGGAAGGGCACUCAGGGGACCCAGGUCCCACAGGCCCCCGACAGGACGCCGGAACCCCCUCCAGAGCCCCCUGGCAAUGACUACAGGAUCCAGCGGCACCGGGAGGUUCUGCUGAGCCGGCUGGGAGGCGACCUGGUGCUGGGUGAGCCCCCGCCCAGGCUGGCCAGCCUCCUGCUGGUGGAGGGCCUGACGGACCUGCAGCUGCGGGAACAUGACUUCACGCAGGUGGAGGCCACGCGUGGGGCUGGGCGCACCGCCAGGACUAUUGCCCUGGACGGGCUCUUCCUGCCUCUCUCCCGGGUUUCCAUCCCGCCCCGUGUCUCCAUCACCGUUGGGGUGGCAGGCAUGGGCAAGACCACCCUGGUGAGGCACUUUGUCCACCUCUGGGCCCAAGGGCAGCUCGCCAAGGACUUCUCGCAGGUGCUGCCGCUGACCUUCCGGGAGCUCAACACCUAUGAGAAGGUGUCGGCUGAGAGACUCAUCCGCUCUGCCUUCCCACACGUUGGGGAGCCCAGCCUGGCAGCAGUGGCCCCAGCCAGGGCCCUUUUGAUUCUGGAUGGCCUGGACGAGUGUAAGACGCCUCUGGAUUUCUCCAACACCGCAGCCUGCACAGACCCCAAGAAGGAGGUCCAGGUGGAAAACCUCAUCACCAACAUCAUCCGGGGCAACCUCUUUCCAGAAGUUUCUGUAUGGGUCACCUCCCGCCCCAGCACGGCUGGCCAGAUCCCAGGGGGCCUAGUGGAUCGGAUGACAGAGAUCCGGGGCUUUAACGAGGAGGAGGUCAAGACGUGUUUGGAGCAGAUGUUCCCAGAAGACCAGAGCCUCGCGGGCUGGGCCCUGGCCCAGGUGCAGGCCGACAGGGCUCUCUACCUGAUGUGCACCGUCCCUGCCUUCUGCCGGCUUUCAGGGUCAGCGCUGGGCCACUUGUACCGCCACAGGCGAGGGCCCCUGAAUGCCGAGCUGUCACCCCCAAGAACCCUGAGCGAGAUCUACUCCUGGUACUUCAGGAUGGCACUCAGCAGGGAGGGGCAGGACAAGGGCAAGGUGAGCCCACGCAUCGAGCAGGUGGCCCACGGGGGCCGCAGGAUGGCGGGGACGCUGGGCCGGCUGGCCUUCCAAGGGCUGGUCAGGAAGAAGUACGUGUUUUACGAGCAGGACCUGAGGGCCUUCGGGGUGGACCUGGCCCUGCUGCAGAGUGCCCUGAGUGGCUGCUUCCUGCAGCGGGAGGAGACACUGGGCUCUGCGGCCGCCUACUGCUUCUCCCACCUGUCCCUGCAGGAAUUUGUGGCAGCUGCCUAUUACUACGGUGCGUCCAAGAGGGCCAUCUUCGAUCUCUUCACAGAGAGCGGCGUGUCCUGGCCCCGGCUGGGCUUCCUCACCCACUUCCGGAGUGCGGUGCAGAGGGCCAUGCAGGCCGAGGACGGCAGGCUGGACGUGUUCCUGCGCUUCCUCUCGGGCCUCCUGUCCCCCAGGGUCAACACCCUGCUGAUGGGCUCCCUGCUGGCCCCGGGCGAGCACCAGGGCUACCGGGAGCAGGCGGCCAGGCUCCUGCAGGGCUGCCUGGCCCCCGAGGCUGCCGUCAGCGCCCGGGCUGUCAAUGUCCUGCGCUGCCUGCACGAGCUGCAGCACACAGAGCUGGCCAGCAGCGUGCAGGAGGCCAUGGAGCGCGAGGGCCUGGCCAGGCUGACCAGCCCCCCACACCCCGCUGCCCUGGCCUACCUGCUGCAGGUGUCGGAUGCCUAUGCCCAGGAGGCCAACCUGUCCCUGUGCCUCAGCCAGGCCAUCCUCCAGAGCCUGCUGCCCCAGCUGCUCUACUGCCAGAGCCUCAGGCUGGACACCAACCAGUUCCAGGACCCCGUGAUGGAGUUGCUGGGCAGUGUGCUGAGCGGGAAGGACUGUCGCAUCCAGAAGAUCAGCUUGGCUGAGAACCAGAUUAGCAACAAAGGAGCCAAAGCUCUGGCCAGAUCCCUCCUGGUCAACAGAAGUCUGACCACUCUGGACCUCCGCGGUAACUCCAUUGGGCCUCAAGGGGCCAAGGCCCUGGCAGAUGCUCUGAAGAUUAACCGGACUCUGGCUUCUCUGAGCCUCCAGAACAACAUGAUCAAGGACGAUGGUGCUGGGUCCAUAGCUGAGGCCUUGGCCUCCAGCCGGACCCUCUGCAUGCUACACUUGCAGAAGAACUCCAUUGGGCCCGUGGGAGCCCAGCGGAUGGCAGACGCCCUGAAGCAGAACAGGAGUCUGAAGGAGCUCAUGUUCUCCAGUAACAGCAUAGGUGAUGGAGGCGCCAAGGCCCUGGCUGAGGCCCUGAAGGUGAAUCAGGGCCUGGAGAGCCUGGACCUGCAGAGCAAUUCCAUCAGCAACGCUGGGGUGGCUGCACUGAUGGGGGCCCUCUACACCAACCAGACCCUCCUCAGCCUCAACCUCCGAGAAAACUCCAUCAAUCCAGAGGGAGCCCAGGCUCUUGCCCGCGCCCUCUGCACCAACAGCACGCUGAAGAACCUGGACCUGACAGCCAACCUCCUCCGCGACCAGGGUGCCCAGGCCAUCGCCGAGGCCAUCAGAGAAAACCGUGCCCUCACCUCCCUUCACCUGCAGUGGAACUUCCUCCAGGCCGAAGCGGCCAAGGCCCUGGGACAAGCACUACAGCUCAACAGCAGCCUGGCCAGCUUGGAUUUACAGGAGAACGCCAUCGGGGACGACGGAGCUUCCGCAGUGGCCAGGGCGCUGAAGGCAAACACGGCCCUCACCGCCCUCUACCUCCAGGUGACCUCCAUCGGUGCCUCUGGGGCCCAGGCCCUGGGGGAAGCCCUGGCGGUGAACAGAACCUUGGAGAUUCUUGACCCCACCUCUCUGUACGCCCCUGCUCUCCUGUCCAGGCUGGCUUGGUCCAAGCUGAACAUGCUCGAGGCCCUGUUCAGGGGCUCCUAGAGUGGCAAGUGGCCACUAAUCUUGGUCUAUGGGAAGAUCAAACUCCUGGGGGUGGCAGCCUCCGGCACUGUGAGGCCCUCAGACGUGUCCAGGUCACCCCUGCUCUUGCGGAUCCUGAGAUGCUGAGCACACUGGGGAUCCGUGGGAUGGAGUAAUGCCUCUCUUGGGUCAGCCCAGUUUUCCUCUGGAGUGAAGAAGGAGGAUGAGAGUGCCAGCAAACCACCCAAGUCAGGCCAGCCUCACCCCUGCCUUAGGUGGGCUCAGUCCUGUUGCUGGGGAAGUGAGGACGGAGCACCCCCCUUUGAUGGUUGCUGCAGUCCAUGUUUCCUCCAUCAAGACACCCACACACACGUGAGGAGGAGGGAGCACCACCGCCUC